AGUGUUUCAUUGUAUAGUAGAGUAGAAAAAUCUGACCAGUUCAAUCAUGGUGCAGUAUGAUCACCUUAUGUUAUAUGAUCUUUUGUUUUGGAGUAUCCGGAGGAGAGGAGGACCUUAAACGACUAUUUUUAGCUAGUUUUGUCUAUUAAUUUAUUGUUUUUAACGGUGCGAUUUUCACUUGCUGUAAUAUUUGACAAAAAUGUGCAUUUCCUGAAGAAGACUUUAUCCUCGACUCAAAAGAUCUUGAGAUGAUCUUAGGUGUGAUGUUAUGUACAGACACCUGAGAAGGAGAGGAGGACCUUACAAGACAGAACCAGCCACAGACCUGAGCCGCUGGAGGCUGACCAACAAUGAAGGCAGACAGACCUGGAGCUAUGUGGAGGAAAACGACACCCCAGACAGAGAGCAGACCAUGCUAGAAGCAUUUAGUCUUGGCUUGGAUACUAGCAAGUUUGUUUCUGAUAGUCCAGCUGCCGUCACUGCUUCUGAUGCCUCUGUGAAAGGUAUGCAGUUCUACAGUCUACUCCAGGCUGAAGACGGUCACUGGGCUGGGGACUAUGGUGGACCCCUCUUGCUGCUCCCAGGCCUCCUUAUAACAUGCCAUGUGGCUCAGAUCCCGUUGCCUGAAGCCUGGAAGAAAGAGAUGGUGAGAUACCUUCGCUCAGUUCAGCUGCCAGAUGGAGGCUGGGGUCUACAUAUAGAAGAUAAGUCAACAGUUUUUGGCACUGCAUUGAGUUAUGUAUCCCUGAGAAUCCUGGGUGUGGAUGCUGAUGAUCCAGAUAUGGUCCGUGCCAGAAACAACCUGCACGACAAAGGUGGAGCAGUUGGAAUUCCCUCUUGGGGUAAAUUUUGGUUGGCCAUUUUAAAUGUCUACAGUUGGGAAGGAAUCAACACGUUACUACCAGAGAUGUGGCUGUUCCCCACCUGGAUGCCAGCCCACCCCUCUACGCUGUGGUGUCACUGCCGCCAAGUCUACCUUUCCAUGAGCUACUGUUACGCCCUCAGACUCAAAGCACAGGAGGAUUCCCUCGUUCUUAGCCUCAGACAGGAGUUGUAUGUUCAGGAUUAUGCUUCUGUUAACUGGCCUGCUCAGAGGAACAAUGUGGCUCCAUCCGACCUAUACACGCCUCACAGCGCUCUGCUAACUGUCGCCUACAUGGUGUUAAACAUGUAUGAAGCUCAUCACAGUGCUGCGCUCAGAAAAAUGGCGGUCAAAGAACUAUACGAGCACAUCCAGGCCGAUGACCGCUUCACUAAGUGCAUCAGCAUUGGACCGGUCACCAAGUCUAUCCACAUGCUGAUUUGCUGGUAUGUGGAUGGGGCUUCUUCAGCAGCCUUUCAGGAACACGUUUCCAGAAUUCCCGACUAUCUCUGGUUGGGAUUAGAUGGCAUGAAAAUGCAGAGUUUAGUUGGAUCUCAGCUCUGGGACACUUGCUUUACUGUGCAAGCUUUUCUUGAGGCAGGAGCCCACAACGUCAGCAGAUAUACUGACUGUCUUCAGAAGGCCCAUGGCUUUCUCAACAUUACACAGAUACCUGAGAAUCCUCCCGAAUACCAAAAAUACUACAGACAGAUGAACAAGGGCGGCUUCCCCUUCAGUACUCGUGAAUGUGACUGGAUUGUGGCUGACUGCACAGCAGAGGGCCUGAAGUCAGUGAUGCUGCUGCAGGAACUCUGUCCCUUCAUUAAGGAUCACAUCCCUUCUGAGCGUUUGUACGAUGCUGUCAAUGUGCUGCUGAGCAUGAAAAAUUCAGAUGGUGGAUUUGCUGCAUAUGAAACUAAAAGGGGAGGGAGACUCUUGGAGCUGCUAAAUCCCUCUGAGGUGUUUGGUGACAUUAUGAUAGAUUACACAUAUGUGGAGUGUACUUCAGCAGUGAUGCAGGCUCUGAGGCACUUCCAGAAGGUGUACCCAAAUCACCGUGCAGAGGAGAUAAGGUCAACUCUGCAUGAAGGACUGGAGUACUGCAGGAGGGUACAAAGGCCUGAUGGAUCCUGGGAAGGAUCUUGGGGAGUUUGUUUCACGUAUGGGAUCUGGUUCGGACUGGAAGCUUUUGCUUGCAUGGGACACACUUACAAGCAAGACAGUGGUGUGUGUGAGGAGGUGCAGAAAGCUUGUCAGUUUCUGCUGGACUGGCAGAUGUCAGAUGGAGGGUGGGGGGAAGACUUUGAGUCAUGCGAGCAGCGAUGCUACGUCCAAAGCAGUGCCUCACAGAUACACAACACCUGCUGGGCUUUGUUGGGGCUAAUGGCCGUCAGGCAUCCAAACAGACAAGCCAUUGAGAGAGGAGUUCAGUUGCUGGUUAAUAAACAGCUUCCCAAUGGAGACUGGCCUCAGGGAAACACCGCUGGUGUUACUUGCAAAAAUUGUGCAGUCAGUUAUGUGUCCUACAAGAACAUUUUUCCAAUCUGGACCCUGGGCCGCUUCUCAAAGCUUUACCCCAAUAAUCAGUUGGCUGGAAGGAUGAAGCUGUGAAAACAGAAAAUUGUACUUUAAAAUUAGAAGACUAAAUACUCUACAGAUAAAGUAGAGUAAAUCCACAGACUUAAAAAAUGUGAAAGUUUUUAACCAUCCAACCAUAUUGUGUUCCCAAAUUUCCCAAAUUCAAACAGGCACACAUACACAUACAGACCCUUUUAAUACUGUUAAUAUAAUCUGGAAAAAUCUGCCCAAAUGUUGCAGGGCACAAAUGUUUUAAGUUGAGUUUUUCCAGUUAAUAAUUUUAUCAAACCCAUACCAGCUGCACAGGUUCCACAGAUGUAGUUAAAUUGGUUCAGUUAGGUUCAAUUGUCUCAGUUAGGUUCAGCAUCAGGAAGACUUAAAACUUGACAACUAGCCAGACGACCAUCACUGAUCCCCAUCAUAGUCUUGGUAAACUGCAAAAGUUCACAGCUAAAAGAGACUGGCUGUUUACAGUCCAAGCAGAUCAAUGGACAGUCUAAUGGAAGGGCAAAAUGUGGUAGGAGAAGAUGAACCAGCAGAAGAGGUGACUGUGGGCUUCAGUGGAUUAUCAAAAGGACAAGAUUCAAGAACAUGGUAGACAUCCAUAAAGAGUAGAAUGAGGUUUGAGAAACAACUUCCAAAAUCACCACAUUCAGACACUUCUGAGCCUGGGCCAAUGGAGGAAAAACCUCAACUGGGCCAGGGAGAAAAAGGACUGGACUGUUGGGGGGUGGUAAGCAUGCCUUUCAUUUGGGAAUCAAGGGUUUGGAGGAAGACUGAUGAGGAGCAGAGCCCAAGCUGCAUGAGGUGUACUGUGAAAUCUCAGCAGUCAGUCAUGAUCGACAGUCAACCAGAAUGUUUUUGAGGACUUCAUGAAUUUUUCUGCUGAGGAUCUGGAUGGAGAUGCAGAUUUUAUCUUCCAGCAGGACCUGAUUCUUGCCCAUACAAUUGAAGUAUUCAAGGUGGACAUAUCAUUUUGAAAACACUUCAUUUUGAUUGAUUUGAUGUUAACAAAAACUUUAUUUGCAAAAACUGAGAAGUAAAUUGUGAUUUCUCCAUAGUAUUGUGAAAUCUUGUUUUUGUUUCUUGUUUCAUAAGUUUCAUUUUUCCAUAAGUUUCUACUUAUUUGGAAAGAGUCUGUACAAUAAUGGAAUAGAAAUAAAUGGAACUAGUUUGUACUAAUGGGAAUCUCAGAACUGCAAACAUUUAAAAUUCAUUUACACAUAGCAAGAUAUCAUACCCGUCACUUCUACUUAACUUAAAGGCUUUCUUUUCUUUCAGAUUCACUUGCUGUCUUUAAAUGAGUUGGGCUUUUGCAUUUUCUUUUUUUGUUCUUCCUUUCAAGAUGAGAAAAAUAAAAAGUUACUGCAUUUUGCCCUUCAAUGUACUCCCAAACUUUCCAGGGGCUACCCCGUAUUCGUACAUUCAGAUGCUGGGUGGACUUCAUACCUCAAAUGAGAAUAAAGCGGGUGUAGAAAAUGAA